CAUAUACUAAUAAACGAAAGGCUGAGGAGGAAUACAUUGUGAUUGCACCUAAGCGUCACUUUGCUUCUGCUAAUGAGGCUUAUCCUGAUUUUAAUUUCUAUGUUGAGCCUGAAGCUGAAGUCAAAAAAGUGGCAGAAUUACUCCUUGAAUGCAAAUUCACCCUCUUGUUUGGCCAUCGACAAAGUGGCAAGUCUACGACUUGUCAUGCAAUUCUACGAUGGUUCUACACUCAUUUGGAACAAAUUAGAGAAGCUGGCUUUGAUCCACAGGAAUUAGAGAUAUAUUUUGUGACUUUCAAUGCCAAUAUUCUUGUUGGUAGCAGGCGUGACAUGUUCUGGAAGAGCAUAUGCAAGAAAUUCAAGCUUGUAGACAAUGCCCGGUUCAACUUUGAUAAUAGCCAGCAAUCCUCAGGGAACACUUUUAUGAGAUUCUUUGCAAAAGACAACCCCCUUGUACAAAGCCAAGCUAUUAUCAUCAUUGAUGAGGCUUCGCGUCUGACCAGCAAUGAUGAUGAAGCCACUAUGGCCAUUAUUACUGAAUUCAUUGACUCGCUGCGGACUCUCAAGGGUGAUCGUGAUAAUUUUCGCCUCCACUCUCUUUUACUAUGUGGAACCGCAAACAUUAGGGACCUCCUGCUUGCUCGCCAACGACCUGGCUCUAUGUCCUCAAUUUCACCAUUUUCAGAAGAAGCAAGCUUGACAUCCAAUCGAUUUACUGAAACUGAAGUCCGCGCUCUUUUUACUCAGUUUGCCGACACUAAUAAUACGGCGUUCGAUAUAGUCAAUAUCGCAGCAGAUAUUUUCGAUCUCACUCUUGGCCAUAAAGGUCUCGUUGGCGCUUGCGGCGAUUAUAUUCAAAAUACAUAUGAUUAUAAUAAUACUCCCAUUAUAACGCUCGAUGAUUGGAAAAGGCACACUCCUGUUAAACUGCUAAAUCGCAUACUGCAAUUGUCAAC